AACCGAAAUAAAUAAUAUUAUUAUGUUGUUUCUAAAGAGUAAGGAAGAGACGUUGGAUGUGACUGAUUACACUGUCAUUAUACCCAGCAUAUGUGUGGGAAAUGCGGCUCAACUCGCCUGCGACCUGUUGAUUGCCUCCAAACAGCUCAAGCGCAUUGGAUCCGUCACCCAUCCAGCGCUCAUACCGGUCUUCGGUCCAUCUGCCUACCAGCAUGAACCCAACGAGAAGGUCUCAUCGUGUGAGCUGUACGAGGGAGUCGAGGACAAGCUGCUGGUCAUACAGUUCCGGGCACCGUGGAUCGCGCGACACACACGCAACUUCCAGCAGCAAUUGGUGGAGCUCAUCAAAGGUGCCAAGCGAGUGAUCAUUCUCAGUGGCAGCUUUGGCUUUGAGAAACGGGUUAUUGAGGCAUCGCCCUGGGCCUACCGUGCCAGUGAGAAUUUUAAGCUGGCCCACGCUGCCCAGCUUGGCAAUCCCGAUCUCAUCAAGUGGAAGGAGCACACCGGAGAGGCUAUCUAUGGAGGCGGCAACGCCUUGCAGUUGUUCAAGGCCUUCGAUGAGGCUCAAGUGCAAGUCAUGCUGCUGUUCCGCUACCUAAUAGAGGGCGACAACUCCACAGAUGCCAGUCUGAUCGUGAGAGAACUGAACGAACUGUGCGAGGACUUCCUUCAGCUACGCGGCGGUGGCGAUGGCAGCUUCAAGCUGACCGUCCCCAAAUCCUGGAACUUGCUCUUUGGCAACGAUGUAACAGAGUUUCUAUUCUAGUUGUGUAUAUUUUGGACAAAUAAAUGUUAAUCUUUCGGUGUAGGAUAAAAGAGAUUGCUAGCACGAUGCUCCCUGAAA